AUGUCCGCCCUCCGCGAAGUGUCUAAUCUUGCCAACAACAAUGGCGUAGACCUGAAGCAGCGCCAGCAGGCGAGCCGGCUGGACCCCAACAGCAACGGCUUCGCCGGCGCAUCCUUUGCGCAGCAGGACAGCCUGCACCGCAUGUCGCAGCCGCAGCCGCUGUCGCAGCGCUUCUCCAGUGCGAGCGCGCACUCGAUGAGCGGCCUCGUGGCGCGCAGCGUUGGUGACUCGCAGGCGCACGCGCGGCGCACGAGUGCGGUGGCGGGCCGCGCGCUGUCGAGCCCACGCGUGGAUGCGCGCCACGCCCACGUGCCGACGUACUGCGCGGACUUGAUCGGCGACAUCACGGACAUGUUUGUGGAGCGGGAGCGGCAGGCCGUGGCGCGCUUCAACGAGGGCAACGCCGGGCACGGCACGACGGACGCGAGCGUGCUGUACGCCUACUACGCGUCGCCGCAGUACCUGCAGCACCAGCCGGAGAUCAACGAGAAGAUGCGGAUGAUCCUGAUCGACUGGCUGAUCGACGUGCACCUGAAGUUCAAGCUGCACGCGGAGACGAUGUACUUGGCGGUGAACCUGAUCGACCGCUACCUGUCGUGCGCGAGCACGAAGACGGACCGCACGACGUGUGUGCCGCGUGCGCAGCUGCAGCUCGUGGGCGUGAGCGCGAUGCUGUUGGCUGCGAAGUACGAGGAGAUCUGGCCGCCGGAGGUGAAGGAGUGCGUGCACAUCAGCGCGAACACGUACACGCGCGAGGAGAUCAUCAAGAUGGAGCGCGGCAUCUGCACUGCGCUGUCGUUCCGGCUGACGGUGCCGACGCCGUUCCCGUUUGCGUCGCGUGCGUGGACGGUGCUGGAGGGGGACGACUUCCUCGGCGUGGGUGCGGAUGAGGAGCAGCGCCGCCAGCACUUCGCGAUUGUGCGGCACGCGACGAGCUUCUUCAUGGAGCACGCGCUGCUGGACUACAAGUCGCUGCAGUUCACGCCGUCGCAGGUGGCGCACGCGUCGGUGUUCCUUGCGCUUGUGACGCUGCGGACGAAGCUGGAGCUGCCCAAGCCCCCUGCGACGCCUGUGUGGACGGACACGCUGCGGCACUACACGAAGGCGGAGCUGUCGGAGUUCCGCGGGUGUGCGGAGGCGAUCCUCGCGUACGUUGCGUACGUGCCGACGACGAAGUACCAGGCGGUGCGCCGCAAGUACAACAGCAGCCGCUACAUGGAGAUCUCGAAGAUGCUGAUGCCGGAUGAGCUGCCGAUGCAGUGA